ACUAAUAAUAUUUUGUUAAUUUCAUACCAUGGGCAACUGUGUUAGUUUGUGUUUUAACCAAAGUUAAAGCGGCACUAGUCGGAACCUUUCUUCGCGGGCACGCGGAGCUUGUGGACGGACGGAUAUCAGCGGUGCACACUCUGAACUUUCACCCCUCCAACUGGUUUAUUGUUUUGAUUUAACAGGUUGUAUUUUAGUGUGAAUUUUAGCGAGUGUUUUGACGGAGAGAAAAUUUUAAAACAAGUAGUACUCUUGAGGAUUUACUCAAGCGCGUGCGGACGAUGUGAAUAAUGCGCGUGUCGACCAGUUACCGCUGCUGUUGUUGACAAAGAUGCUUUCACCAAGAUAAGCUAACGUUAGCCGUGUGGCUAACGCAGCGUACGUAGCUUUGGUAACAACAUGACGAUGAUGAGGAGCGGUGUGUAGGAGCGACCGACCAGACAUCGGAUCGCGCCGAUUUCCUGCUUGUCACACAUUUCCAGGAUUAUCCUGUCUUUGUGUCUGGUUAGCUUAAAAUAGCUUUCCUAAAGAAACAAGACGAAACUGGUGAGAUUUAAUCGAAGAGGUGGGUGUGUGUCUGUGGACAUCAGCUAGCUAACGUAGACGAUAGUGAUACUUUCAGUUUAUCACAUCUGGUGGUUUGCAUGUGUGUGUUUUUAAAAUAACAUCGUGCACGUAUUUAUUUGACAUCUUCCCAACUCAUUUUUGCUCUUUGGUAAUUAAAGUCAAACCGCCUUUGUAGUGUUGGACAUUUUCACCACUUUCUUUCAAUGGGUGAGGAAAAGCCGGACACGCUGGACUUUGUGAAGGACUUCCAGGAGUAUCUGAGCCAACAGACUCAACAUGUCAACAUGAUAUCAGGCUCUGUCAGCGGCGUCAAGGAGGCGGACGAGCUGCCACCAGACUGCAGUCAGAAUGGACUGGAUCACCCCUCAGUGGACAUGUCACUAGAGGACAGCUCAGGGAUCCUGGUGGAUGGUUUUGAGAGGACCUAUGACGGCAAGCUCAAGUGCCGCUACUGCAACUACGCCACCAGAGGCACAGCGAGACUCAUUGAGCACAUCCGAAUUCACACAGGAGAGAAACCUCACCGCUGCCACCUCUGCCCCUUUGCUUCGGCCUACGAGCGGCACCUGGAGGCCCACAUGCGAUCCCACACAGGCGAGAAGCCUUACAAGUGUGAGCUGUGCUCCUUCCGCUGCAGUGAUCGUAGCAACCUGUCGCACCAUCGCCGUCGACGCCACAAACUCCUUCCCAUGAAAGGUGCCCGCUCGCUUUCCCAUAAGAAGAUGCUGAGUGUUUUACAGAAGAAGGCCAGCUCGCUGGGUUAUGGCCGCCGACUCCUCAUCAACUUUAGCCCCCCUUCUAUGGUGGUGCACAAGGCUGACAAUGUGAACGACUUCUCCCAUGAGCUGCCCCACUUACGUCAGGAGACAUAUGAUAAUCAGGGUCGCGUAGUCGAGGACGGGCACUCCACGAAUCAAAAUCAUCAUCAACAUGAUAUGGUUAUGGAUAACCCCCUGAACCAGCUGUCCACCCUGGCCGGCCAGUUGGCCAGCCUUCCCUCAGAGUCCCAGGCCCAGACUCAACCUCCCAUGUCUCCAGGAGCAGAGUCGAUCGUUGAUGAGAAGCCCUUCCUCAUCCAGCAGCCCCACCCUGCCACAGCUCCUGUGGCUGUCUCAGCCAGCAUGGCGCACGCCUCCUCUUCUUCCCCAAUCACCCCAGAGCCCCGCGCUCCUCCCCACAGCAAUUGCAGCCCUGGAGGGGGACCCUGCAGCGAGCACAGUGGGCGCACCAGUACCCCUAGUAUCUCCAACAGCCAGCCCAGUACACCAGCCCCAGGUCUGUCUGUCCCACUCCAGGACCCCCAUAUGCUACAUCAUUGCCAGCACUGUGACAUCUACUUCCCUGACAACAUCCUCUACACCAUCCACAUGGGGUGCCACGGAUACGAGAACCCAUUCCAGUGCAACAUCUGCGGCCACAAGUGCAAGAGCAAGUACGACUUUGCCUGCCACUUUGCUCGCGGGCAGCACAAGUAGUGGACGAGUGAGGAAAACUUUGAAAAAUAACUUUAAAGGGACAGCUUUGUUUUAUUAAUUCCAUAGUAAUUUUAUUUAUUGGUCUUUUACUUGGCCUUGAUGUAGCCUAGCCUUUGAAAGUUGUACUUAUAUAAUGUCAACAUUCAGAUGGUUUCAUUUUGUAUAAUUAAAGGUGCCCAUUCAAGUGUAUUAUAAAGGGAUGAUCAGUGUUUUCAACAGGUUGAGAAUUUAUUUGUGGCGGAGGGAGUUACAUUGACGUGCUGUCAUCAAUCACAUAAAAACUUAGGCAAAGUAAUUAACCUUACUUCAUGUCGUAGGUAACAAGUUCACAAUACUCCUUGAUUUUUGUUUGCCACAUAGAUUAAAAAAAAGACAAGCUCAAAAAUGUAAUGCUGUCCAUAUGUUGGAGUUUCCCUUCAGUCCAUGAGCUUAACCCAGGGAUAGACAACCUGUGGCUCAGGUAUGCAGCUCUUUAGCCCCUCUCCGGUUGCUCUCUGUGGCUUUGACAAAAAAUAUCACAUUUCAUCAACUUUAAUGUGCAUGAUACGUCUACGACCUUCCAAAUCUAUAAAAGUAAAAGUCUCAGAGGAAAAUACAGAAUUUAAUCUUGGACAAAAUUGUUUGCUUUCACCACCAACCCUGAAAUAUUAAAGUACCAAUUAAUCAUAAAUAGCUGACUGCAGAGGAGCCGUCUUGUGGUAAAACAUAUUUUUUAAUGCACAUUUAGACCUAUUUUUAAUGUUGACAGGCUAAUUUAGACUUAAUACACAGUGUUACCGUAAGGCUCAAAUAUGUUUUGCGACUCCAGGCAGAUUUUUAAAAUUAUUUUUCGUCAAAAUUGGCUCUUUGAUAGUUGCUGACCCCUGGCUUAACUUUUCAAAUCUGUCAGGUAAUCUGACAGAAAUGGCUUUCAUUUUACCUAUCUGAAGUGAAAUUCGAUUGGUCCCAUUCUAUACAGAUUAUAAGAUCAUAAUAUGUGGGCUGUAGUGAAUGACAAGCAGUGGCUACAGGAAGGAAUUAAUCCAGCAAUCUUAAAACAAUUCAUGAAUUACUUAGGGCUGGGAAUCACCAGAGGCUUCAUGAUGCAAUAUUAUCAACAUGCUUACAUCAUGACAUAAUAUUGUGAUUUUAAACAUUCCCCAGUAUGCUGUUGUGAUAAUAUAUAUAGCAAUAUUUUUAAUUUAUUUCCUUUUUUCAACUGCAAAUUUUUUCCUUAAAAGAAAACUUUGUCAGCCACUGAUUUCUCCAAUAAGAUAAAGUCUGUUUAUCUCCCUUCCGUUAAUUUAAUUGCAGCAAAAUUAUCUAGUGGACUGAAAAGGCAGUUAGUUGGCUACCAGAAGUUUAAUUUGUAUUUGUAAUAUUAGUAAUUGAUAUAUUUGGUGUUACUGCCAUGCAAAAAUCGCGAUACAGUGCUGUAUUGAUUCUUCUACCUCCACCUCACCUGAGAAGAUGGUCAGCAGCUGUGUUGCAUAUACGUGAUUUGAAGAAGACUGGUUAAAACACAAACAGAAAACACAUUGUGAGGGAAUAAUACACAUGCAGUUGCUAAAUGUGAUAGAUUUAAACCAAAUGUCGACUCAUGGAGGAAAAGAAAACAUGAUUGUAGCUCACUCUUGCCUAUCAAGAGAGUUAAGGGAAGUCUAGUCACACACGUUAGUUUUCACUCUCAACAAAUGAGAUGUUUUCAGGAGGACAGCUGUGAGUGGGCCCCCCCAAAUAAAUUCUCAACCCUCCUGGGGUUAUAUCUAAAGACUGCUCUGGUGAUACUAACACAGGAGUGAAACUGUUGGCCUGGAGUGAUCUUUACUUAAGCCUUGUUGAAAUUAUUUCAGUGCUUGGUGCAUUACUACUCUUUCUUUGCAGUGCCUGACAUAGUCACUUUCUUGUGUGUCCAACAUAGAGAGGACUGUUACUUUGAAGAUUGCUAGAUAUUAUUACAAUAUCCUCUUCCUACUGUAAUGGACAGGCCCAGAACCUUAGAAGAAAAGUUUGGCCAUUGUAGUUUUCUGUGGUAGCUGUGAUUUUUUUAAUUUUAUUUUUGCCAAAAUCCUGCUCCAUGAACGCUGCUAAGAAACUUUGGAAUCAAACUAUAUGGAUGGCAUCCACAGUAAAACCUGGCCAAACUUUGUAUCAAUGGUUUCAAGCUUGAUUUUGUAGAAGCCGGGUUGUUUUGAAGUUCCUUCACACAGUGCCCUUCCUUGACCAGCAUCAUGGUAACUUCACUCGUUCCGUUAAAAGGGUUUUGUGUAUCCUUUUAAUGACAUCAUUAGUUACACAUUCUGAUGUUUUGAUAUUGUAUGAAGUCACUUUGAUAUCCAGUAUCUCCGUGUUUAGGACAGAAUCACCAAGUCUUGUGUCUCAUGUGAACACUCUUUUCAGAAAUGCCACGUAGCACUGGGGACGCGACGUUUCAGCCUUUGUGAUAACACACACACUGAGAUCCCCCCGUUCAUCGUACGGCUCCCAGUGCUUUUCUGAAUAUUUACUGAGUAUUGUAUUCUGAGUCGUUGGAUAGAUGUUCAGUGUCAAAAAAGCAAAACUCAUGUUUGCAGUAAGACUGCGACUUUAGCAAGAUUGUUCUUUGUCUUGGGUACUGUUGUCUGUUGCUUAGCAACUGUUUUUAGGACCACCUCCUCGUUGCCAUGCUUACCAGUAAUAGGGGCAUCCAGUAAUGACUGCCUUAUGUUCUCUCAGUGUGUCGUAGGUUCAUAGGUAAUGGUGAAUGUUGAAGCCUGUUGGCAAUCACUCUCUCCCUCUGGGAUGGCAAAUCAUUUUAUUGUGAGAUGGAUUAAUCUUACUAAUUUAUAAGUAAAGUGUUUUCUAACUGAG